GGGGGAGCCUCUGCUCGUGAUGAUAGGAGCCACUCGGAGGGCGCCACGGAGGUGCUUCUUGCCCAUCUGUCCUCGGUGCGUCCUGUUGCUGCAGAAUACGCCAAAUCGACGGUGCGCCACUACCACAUCGUGCUGCUGGGCGGCGGUGUGGUGCAGCGCACCUGGGUGGCCGACAAGAGCACCGUGCCGUUUGAGGGGCAACACCAGUUCGAGCAGCUGCAGGGUGACGCGCCGUGGGGCGGCUCUGCUGUCAAUGAAGCAAGUGGCCCCAAGCUCUCGAAGCACUUCUCGGCCAAGGUGCGUGCGCAGUGGGAGGAGGGGAUGGCGGAGGUGGCGAAGGGCCCAACCACUGUCAUGCGAUGA